AUGCGUAAAUUCAGGAGUGUCACAGAUUUCAUCCAGCCAGAGGGAACGAUUACUGACCGUCCCCAGAUGGCCGGUCGCUCCGCGACCUCCUGGCCCAGUUUGUCCCACCGCCCCACUCCCUCUUCAGUACGUGUUGUGUCGCUGGUGCGGUUCGUGAUCGUUCCGUCUGGCUGGAUAUUACGCAUGAUCCAUGCAGUACUGCAGCUGGGGCCUCUCCACAGCGCCACGCAACCUUUCAAAAUUCUUCCCUUUCACGGAGAAAAGAAAGGUGUCAGUGAGAUGCUGUCCAGUGUGUUGGAGGACGUUGGUCACGCUGUCUUCAGAAACAUGAAUGGUGCUCAGCUCCUGCAAGAACUCCUGAGUGCACCGUGGCUCCGAGCCCUGCUGAAGAUGUACGAGUGCCUGUUGCAGUUCCAGAGGUUGACACCCAGCCCCUUUCUGCCUUAUGCCUCAGGACUCUCACACGAGAUCAUGACUACAAUACAGAAGGUCCACCGUCCCUCAGCUGAAGCUCGAGAGCUCUACAGCCUCCUCAGCUCGCCACACAUCCAGGCCCUCCUAUCAUCCCACGACAGUGUAGCCCAGUCAGACUAUGGACCUGUUUUACCCCCUCUGCCUGACGAGAUGCCCGAGGAUGAGGAGGCCAUGAGGAUCGUAUGUCUGGUGAAGAACAACCAGCCACUGGGGGCGACUAUAAGGAGGGACGAGGAGACGGGAGAAAUCUACAUCGCCAGGGUGAUUCAUGGAGGACUGGCCGACCGCAGCGGACUCCUCCAUCCUGGUGAUCUGUUAGUGGAGGUGAACGGAAAACCUGUGGUGGGCAUGGAGCCGGAGCAGGUCAUCCAGAUACUGAUCAAUUCCCAGGGAACGAUCCUGUUUAAAGUCAUCCCAAAUUUAUCUCAGAGCAGCGGCAGCCAGAAAUCGGUGUUUAUGAAGGCGUUGGUGGACUACUGCCCCCUGCAGGACGCCUCUAUCCCCUGUCCAAAUGCAGGCAUAGCGUUCAGCAGAGGAGACCUGCUGGAGGUGGUCGACCAGUCGGACGGGCAGUGGUGGCAGGCCAGGAAGCUGCCCUGCGCUGCGUCCUGCGCUGGUCUGAUUCCCUCUGCCAGCAUGCUGAAGAGUAAACAGAGGGAACAGUGGUGGUGUCAGCCGUUACAGGUUCAUACCUGCAUCAGACCCUAGGACGAAGGAAC